CCAAGCCCAGGCUUACCAGCACCAGCUCCAAGACCAGUUCAACCAUCUGGACCAUCAUCUUUUGGAACAUUGCCAGCACCAGCUCCAAGACCAAUUCAACCAUCUGGUCCAUCAUCUUUUGGAACAUUACCAGCACCAGCUCAGCCAUCGAGACCAUCAUUUGGUGCUUUGCCAAGCCCAAGCUUACCAGCACCAGCUCCUCGACCAGUUCAGCCAUCCGGUCCAUCAUCUUUUGGAACAUUACCUGCACCAGCUCCACGUCCUGCUCAACCAUCUGGUCCAUCAUCUUUCGGAACAUUACCUGCACCAGCUCAGCCAUCCGGUUCAUCAUCUUUUGGAACAUUGCCAGCACCAGCUCCAAGACCCGUUCAACCAUCCGGACCAUCAUCUUUUGGAACAUUACCGGCACCAGCUCCACGUCCUGCUCAACCAUCUGGUCCAUCAUCUUUCGGAACGUUGCCAGCCCCAGCUCCAAGACCAGUUCAGCCAUCUGGAUCAUCAUUUGGAUCUUUGCCAAGUCCUGGAUUACCAGCACCAGCUCCACGACCAGCUCAGCCAUCUGGUCCAUCUUUUGGAACAUUACCAGCACCAGCUCCAAGACCAAUUCAACCAUCUGGACCAUCUUCUUUCGGAACGUUGCCAGCCCCAGCUCCAAGACCAGUUCAGCCAUCCGGUCCAUCAUUUGGUGCUUUGCCAAGCCCAGGCUUACCAGCACCAUCUCCAAGACCAGUUCAGCCAUCCGGACCAUCAUCUUUUGGAACAUUUCCAGCACCAGCUCCACGACCAGCUCAGCCAUCUGGUCCAUCAUUUGGAUCUUUGCCAAGUCCAGGGUUACCAGCACCAGCUAUACGUCCUGCCCAACCAUCGGGACAAUCAUUUGGAACUUUAACGCGCCCAUCCGUAUUUCCAUCACAAACAUUAACUCGUACACAAGCUCAAUUCAAUAUCGAACAACAAAAAGAUAUUAUUGAUGAAGAAGAGAGUCCUAUUCUUCUAAUCCAGCCAGCUGGACCAUCAUCUUUCGGAACGCUCCCAGCACCAUCUCCAAGACCAGCUCAGCCAUCGAGACCAUCAUUUGGUGCUUUGCCAAGCCCAGGCUUACCAGCACCAGCUCCAAGACCAGUUCAACCA